UUGUGAGCCACGGAUGGAGUAAAAGGGAACACAGGAGAGUUGAGAAAGCAAAAGUAACGGUUUGUCUCUCCAUCAAAAUUGACCCGAGAGAGAGAGAGAGGUGAAGAAGAGGUUGAUGUGAACUGGUCGACCACACGCAAACACACACACAUAAACUACAAAGGCAGUGAUUAGAUGGACGUAGAUCCGCGACAGUACGAAAACAUUGCUAUAAAUGAAAAUGACAUCCACAACAUUGUCUUAUCAUAUCUUGUGCACAACUGCUACAAAGAGACUUUGCAGUCAUUUGUUUCUUGUACUGGGAUGAAGCAGCCUGCCAAUCAUCUCGAGGACAUGCAGAAAAGAAAACAAAUUUUUCAAUUUGCAUUGGAGGGGAAUGCACUUAAGGCCAUUGAACUGACAGAACAGCUUGCACCUGACCUACUCGAUAAAGAUAAGGACUUGCAUUUUGAUCUUUUGAGCCUUCAUUUCGUUGAGCUCGUCUGCUCUAGGAAAUGCACAGAAGCUUUGGAGUUUGCCCAGACAAAGUUGACUCCUUUUGGGAAGGUGCAAAAAUAUGUUGAGAAGCUUGAAGACUUUAUGGCUCUUCUUGCUUAUGAGGAACCAGAAAAAUCACCAAUGUUUCAUCUUCUUAGCUCGGAGUAUCGGCAGUAUGUUGCAGACAGUUUGAAUAGAGCAAUUCUUGCACAUGCCAACCUGCCCAGCUACUCAGCAGUGGAGAGGCUGAUACAACAGACAGUAGUAGUUAGACAAUGCUUAAAUCAAGAGCAUGGCAAGGAUGGGCUUCCGCCAUUCUCUUUAGAUGAUUUUCUCAAGAGGUAGAUCAAGGAAGUUUUGAAGCAUUGUGGGCUUGAGGCGAUGGUGUAUCUAGCUUUUUUUAUGUAUGGUUUCUGUAUAAUGUUUGGCAUCUAUUGGUCGAGAGUAGUUAUCAAUGCCUGCAAAUCUCGAAAGGUUCUUGUUAAAUUAUUCCAUAAACGCCACUCAUCCUCAAUUCAUCCUUGUUCCUCUUGCUUGGGUUGAAAAAAUCCAGAUACACGAAAGGCUGUGGCAUGUUGGCUUUUCAGUAUCACCUUUAUCACACUAUGAAAGCCACUGGGAAGUACCUGAUUUUGGAGAAGUUAUGAAGCUACUCGGCUGCUGCGGACUGCAGUGUUUUGCUGGGACAUAGAGAGAGGUGAGAAAGAAGAGAGAAGGAAGAGACAAUGGGAGGGAGGGAAAGAAGAAAAGGGAAGUAUGUACUGUCAUCCAUUUUCUAUAUACUCAGAUAUUAUAUUAGUAUGUUUUCACUUAUCCAAAAUAAAUAAAUUAUAUUAUUAUGUUUUUAA